CGCCUUGGAUUCAUUUUGCCCGUCUUCUCUCCUUUCGGGUCUGCGGCGUCUCUUAUCGAGGGAAAACGCCAUGGGCGGAGGAAAGCGGAGGUUCGGCAGAAACGGCGGCAGAGGCCAUCCACGAGGCAGCGGAAGUGCGGUCCUAUUUUCCGAUCAUGCCGGAAUCUCGGAAAUGCCCAGAGGCCGCGGAUAUGGGGCGAAGAAGGACGGAAAUCGACCGAUGCCGGCGAGGGGAAACGCUUUUGGCUACGCGUAUCCUGCCGCCGAUAUUGCCGGCGGUCGGGAUGACACUAGUUGCCCGAUUUCUCUUCCUUGCUCAGAGAAUUCCCAGCCGCUCGAGGUUUUCGUGGAUCCCACCCCGUGUCUGAACCCCGAAGUUGGGAUCCCUUCAUACGAGUACGAUCUUUCGAUGGGCGGUGUAAGGUUAGGGUUUCAUGGUGGUGAGGAGGAGGAGGAGCAAGAGGCUGCGCCGGAUGCGGUGUCCCUCGAUACGGAGUUUAUCGGAGGUGUAGGCUUAGGCUUCCGCCGUGAUGCAGAAGAGGAGGAGGAAGAAUACGAAAGAGGGUACGAGGAGGAAGAAGAGUUACUGGGAUUUGAUUCUUUCUGCACUCCAGAAGUCACUAGGGAGGAGAAAAGCCGAGGCUUUUUGUCAAUAGGUGGUAUUAGAGUGUAUACGGAAGACACAUCUUCUCCAGAAGAGGAAAUGGAUUUAUACGAAGAGGACGACACUGAUGAUGAAGAUGGAGAUCUGCUUAUCGAGAACGAAAUAAUUGGUUCUGCUGGCGAGUCUUCGCAAGAAGAUGACAAAGAGAAUGAAGAGGACUAUUCCUCGGAAGGAGAUAGUUUCUCAUCGGAUGAUGGUUCUGAUGUCAACGAUGAGGUGGCACAAGAUUAUCUGGACGGGAUCGUGGGAGGUGUGGAGUUGUUGAGAGCUGACUGGAUGGAGGCAGUGAAUCUGGAUUCAUCUGAUGAAGAUGGUUUGUUGAAGAGUAGGAACAGUGUGCAUAAGGGUGGCACAAAGUUAGGGGGGAUAGCUUUGAUGAAUGCAUCCGCAGAAUAUGGCAUGAAGAAACCCAAGUCGAGGAAACUGAAGGGUAAUGCAAGGUAUAAUAUGACUGGUUUGCCAGCUCUGGAUGUUGGAUUAUUGCCAAUGGAUGAUCUGUUAUUCAUGAAGGACAAUAGAGCAGCAUUGCAAAAAAAGAAGUCUUCUCAUCUUUUGCAAUCAUGGCCUCGUGAGGCUCAAAGAAAUAAGUACAGUAAUGCUCCAGGAGGAAAAAAGAAACAACGUAAAGAACUGAUUGCUUUGAAGCGGCGGCAGCGUAUGAUCAAUCGAGGUGUUGAUCUGGAUCAAAUACAUUAUAAACUUAGACAGAUGGUUGUUAAUGAGGUCGAUAUGUUGUCAUUCCAGCCAAUGCAUACACGUGACUGUUCUCAGGUGCAGAGACUUGCAUCAAUUUAUCACCUGAGGAGUGGCUGUCAAGGUUCAGGCAAGAAAAGAUUUGUGACUGUGAGUCGUACUGAGAGAACAUGCUUGCCUUCCACGAGGGACAAACUUCGUCUGGAUAAGCUGCUGGGAGUGAGUGUUAAUGAUGUUGAUGACUUCAUUGUCAACCAGGGCACCAAGAUUAAACGUCUAAAACAACCCAAAGGUCGUAAAAAUUUGGGCAAAGGUCCUGCAAGUCAUGAGCACCAGUCUGCUCCAUUGAAGCUAUUGAAGAGCAGUGAAGCAAGUGGAAGUAGGAAAAGAAUUGGAAAGCAGAGAUUAGCUUCCUACGCGGCAAGACCAGUUUCAUUUGUUUCCACUGGUGUAAUGGAGGUUGAUCCAGCAAAAGAGACAAUAACUGUGGAUUCGAGUGCAAGCACCUCACUUGAAACAGUCGCCACUAGUCAUGCAAGCUUCGGUGCAUUUGAGGUGCACACGAAAGGUUUUGGUUCAAGACUGAUGGCCAAGAUGGGAUUUGUCGAAGGCACUGGGCUGGGGAAGGCAGGACAGGGCAUGGUUCAGCCGAUACAAGUCGUCAAGCGGCCCAAAUCGCUAGGACUGGGAGUUCAAUUCGAGGAUGAGACCAGCAGCGCGGGAGCAGAGAUAGGAAGAAUUGGUGCCUUUGAGAGACACACCAAGGGAUUCGGGUCGAAGAUGAUGGUAAAGAUGGGUUUCGUCCCCGGCACGGGCCUGGGAAAAGACAGCCAGGGGAUCAUCAACCCCUUGACUGCAGUGAAGCAGCCGAAAUCACGGGGAUUAGGUGCCAAAACAUAAGAGGAUGUUUGCUUUAGCUUUGGAGCUUCAUUCCUAGCACAGGAUGCACUCUUGGUUUGCACUUGUGAUGUCCAAUAAUUAAUGAAUGUGAUAAAACCUCUGAUCCAACUUGGAACUAACAUACGUUGAUAUCCAUUCAAGUAGCAUCUUGGCAAGUUUAGCAACUACAUCAUGUACCUGUAAACGCUGUUUUAUUCUUCCCUACUUAAUCCACUUACCGUUUUCAA